AUGUCGCUUUCUAUCUUAGAGUACGAUCCAAAAUUUUAUGCGAUACCUGGGAUCGACGGGCCGCUUAACUUAACAUGUCAAUAUCACAUCAAAGUAGCCGUUGCAUCUUGGAUAAAUGUGGGGAUUAUUGCAUUUGGCGUUACGGUUUAUUUUUUAUUUAUACCGAUAGGAAUACUAGUCCAUGAAGCGGGUGUAAGAAUUAAUGAAGCUAUUAAAAAUGAAUGGAUAUAUAGGAAGGAGUGUUUUGAAGCUUGGAAGUUGCAAAAAAAUUAUAGAGAGGAGAGAACACAUGGAGAAAAUAUAAUAGAUAAUGUAAGUAGAGUUGAUGGAGAAAAUACUGGUAGAGCUAAUGGAGAAGAGAAAAGUGAAAUUAGAAUUAAUAUCGAUGGAUGA